AGACGGAACGCAGUGUGAAUUUCACAUUUCAGUUGUUUAGUCAUUGAGGCGUUUAGUUUAGUUUGGUUGAGUCAAGAACUAAGACGAUUGUUUUUUUAAAUUGUUUUGAGAGGUUAAUUGCCUUAUUAUAAAUUGCUCCCAGGUGCUCAUGUUCGGAAAUAUGAGGGAGGAGGAAUUUUCAAGGAAUGUACCUCCCGUCAACAACAAUGAGGUACCAUCACCUCGAGCACUGGGACUUGACGCCUUGCACAGUGUUUGCAAAGAAAUUUAUCCUAAUCAGUUGAAUCCACUCACUGUUACUGCCAUUAUUAAAUACUGGUUAGGAGGACCUGAUCCUCUGGAUUAUAUUAAUAUGUAUGAGAAUCCAGGAUGUCCAGAGCUAGGCGUUCCUCCUCAUUGGCAUUAUAUCAGUCUGGGACUGUCUGAUCUCCAUGGAGACGGCAGACUCCAUGCGAAGACUGGUCCGGGUCGUCCCAGUGGUUUUGGAUUCGAAUUGACAUUCAGAUUGGCCAGGGAACGGGGAGAGACGACUCCGCCUACUUGGCCUGCUAAUGUCAUGCAACAACUAGCUAAAUAUGUAUUUAAUUCGGGGAAUAUGUUGUUUCCUGGGGAUCAUGUAUCCUGGCAUGCACCACUGGGCACCGGAGGUGGCAGGAUAACACAGAUUUUAAUGGGAAAGGAUCCACAAUUGCCUAAUAGUAUUAAUACGCCACAUGGAGAGGUAUCAUUCAUUCAGAUAAUUGGAGUGACAUCCGAAGAACUACAGGCAGCUCAACACUGGAAUGGACUAGGUCUAGUUAAUUUAUUGAAAACAUCAAGGAGCUGCGGCCCAUGGCUCGUCACAGACACCAAUAGAAUGCAUUCCGUAAUGGAUGAGGAUCCAACAGUUGCCGAGAAAAUACAAACAGGAAUAGAAAGGGAGGGCUCCAACUUGAGUGGAGUGUCCGCCAAAUGCUGGUGGGUUCAAAUGACCAACAAUAGCAAUGGAGACAGCUACAGAGAGAGAAAUCCAGAGGAUUCUGACGACGACGAGACUGACAAUGCCUGCGAGAAAGAGGAAAAUGACGAUGACAGCAAUACGUGUUCUCGAGAAGUUGUUAAGAUCGAGAUGCAUUCUCCCAACAAUCCUCACAGGGAAAACUCCUCAGUGGACGAUGGAAUUACCAUGAAACCUCUCGCUGGACUUCACCUCACCUUCAACCUCGAAGCCGGCAGUCUUCUGCCACUUGCCAUUAAGGGACGGGUGAUGCAUGGUCGACAUUUCACAUUUAAAUCUAUACUAUCGCACUCAGCCAUCACGAUCGUCGCAUCGUCGGUCACCGGAACACUUGUGUCACGUGAAAGACCUUAUGUCGUUCAAGGCCCCUGGCUUCAGGUCUUCGUACCUGAUGAACUUGCUGAAAAAAUGGCAGGAGAGUUCCAAGUAUUUAAUUCAUCGCAGCAGAUUCAACUACCCAGGACCUUCUCAUGGCCGGAACACAAGCUUGCAAUAACAAUCGUCAGUGACUGACUAAUGAGAGAACAAAAAAUCACGCAGACGAGAUGAAUCGAACGUCACUUAUAAAUAAUUUGAGUAUUUUUGACAACAAAAUUAAUUAAGCUCGUAAAAUUUAAUUUAUUGGAGAAUCAUAUCAUUUUCACCGUUAAAUAGUUAGCAGAAUGGAAAAUAAUUUAUUGUUGAUAAAAAGUGCCUUAAUUGUGGCGAGACAGAGAUGUCGUAGUGCUUCGAAUACUGUAAUUUAACACUAGUUGAUAUAUUUAUUACUGUAAAUAUUUUAUAACGCACGAAUCCAAAAAAAAUCAUUGCAUCAGUUAUUAUUAAGGAUUUUUAUACAUUGUCAGGAUUAAAGAAAAUGGAUAAUAGUGAAA